AUGGGUGCUCAAAUUAGUAAAAUUGAGGAUACUGUUCAUGAGGUCUACAAAAAAACAUGGCCUCAAGCAUGGUAUUUGGCUCCAUCGUUUCUCACAUCUCUUGGAGCCGUUGGUUAUGUUGGAUAUGCAUUUGCACAAACAAAACCAGUACCAUCAUCAACAAAUAUCUCAUUUUUGCAUUUACUUGGUGUUGCUGGUGGUUUUGGUAUUAGUUUCUGGAUAACUGCUGUACAUGGUCGUGCUGUUCAACGCAUGUUAACACGUCAAGAAUUUGCUACAGUUCAAUCACAUUUAUCAACGGUCUAUUUUUCAUCAUCAGCUGUUUUCGCUGGUCUUAGUUUGGGCUCAUUUUUACUUCGUCAUCCAUUUAAUACAUGGUCAAAAGAAGCAAAAAAUUUAGGUAUUGCAUUAAUAGUUGCAUUAGCUGCUGCUGAAAUAAAUAGUCUUGUACUCAAUCCAUUAGUUACUAAUUUAAUGUUUGAUCGAAAUAAUAUUGAAUUUUUACAAUCAGCUAAAACCGCUGAUGAUAUUGAACUCUUAACACGUGAUGAUGCUAAAUAUCGUAUUAUUAGUAAUAAAUUCAAUUUAUUUCAUUCAAUUUCAAUGGUCUCAGGCCUUGUCUAUCAUGGUAUUCAAUGGUAUCAUCUCUUCUUCCUUGCUGACAAAUGCUUAGUUCUUUAA